AUGAACACGUUAAAUGAAAAUGUCAACAUAUUUAUUGAGUCACAAAAUGCCACAGAAGAAGUAUCAAGUUCCAACAGUGAAAAGCGCAGUGAUCUGGUGCUUGUUAGAACUGAUGCUGCUAAAAUAUUGGAUGGAACCAGUACAUUGUCAACCCAGCAGGUUGCCCAUCCAGUGUCUGAAAAUCAUACUCCAAGGAACAAUUGUGAUUGGACUGAAGAGCUAAUAAUUGCUGAUCACAAUGACGAUCUGGAUGCUGAGAAUAGAGAAGUGGAAAAUCAAGCUGAAAUUUAUCGUCUUAAGUUCAUGAUGCAUCAGAAGGAGUUGGAGUUGUCUCGGUUGAAGCAAGAGAUUGAAAAAGAAAAGCUUGCCUUGUCUGUUUUGCAAACAAAAGCAGAAACAGAGAUAAGCAAAGCGCAGAAACUAAUUUCGGAAAAAAAUGCAGAAUUACACAUUGCUGAAGAAGGCCUUUCUGGGCUGGAGGAGGUUGAAAUCGAAUACUGGGGGGAUGGUGAAACUGUGGAGGUGGCAGGUAGUUUCAAUGGCUGGCAUCAUCGGAUUAAAAUGGAUCCACAUCUGGCAGCAAGUAUCAUAGAACCUGUGGGGUCCAGACUUUGGAGGACUGUGUUGUGGCUAUAUCCUGGGAUUUAUGAGAUAAAAUUUAUUGUGGAUGGCCAUUGGAGGGUUGAUCCUCAGAGGGAGUCAACUACCAGGGGUACCAUACAUAACAACAUUCUCCGGGUCAAUAGAUGAUGCGGCUCUUGCUAGGAAUUAUUUGUUUUUGUAAACAUACCACUGAGGUACUUAAUAGCUUCCCUCUCAACUUUGAAAUGGAGUCAAAUAUCUAUUCCCUUACUUCUCUGCGUGUUUUUUCUUUUGGUUUUUUGGUUUGCGCUCCCAUGAAAGUUGGUUGGGUUGGAGUCAAAGUUCUCAUUCAGAUAGACAACAAUGGCAAAUGAUUACCGGUCCAGUGCUGUGUAAUAGAAAAGAUCUAGCCGAAACAUGGAAAGGAUCAUGCUAUUGUCGAAUUCACACUGCCGUCUUGUACCACUGAAAAUAGCCUACCCUGUGCAGUUCCUAGUAUCUUUUCAUUCUGGUUCAUAUGUACAUUUCUCUUCCUAUGACACAUUUCCACUUAAAAAAUAGGUGUUCUCACCAUUGUGCUAGUGCUUAAUAAUAUGUCUAGCUAUUGGAAUUUGCAUAAUGGCUAUAAGACAUUUAUUUAUCUGUAGCUUAAUAUUAAACUCCAUUGAUUUUACAGGA